AUGGUUCGCGAACACGCUCCUCCGUCUCUUCCACUCCGGCCGUCGAGUCACGCCGGCAACGCUGGUGCCUCGUCAAGUCAGCUCAACCAAGAAGGCGACAAGCCACGCCCCUUUCAGAGCCACAACGGCUUCGGUCCUAUCGCAUCCUCAAGUCGACCAAGUUCACAAACAGGCCGGCCUCACCCAGCCCAAAGCCACCAUGGUGCUGCCUCCACCACAUCCAACAACACUUCGGUUCCGACACAAAGACCUGCGGUGAAAGCCAGCGCCUAUGGUACCAAGACUUCGAUGGACGACAAGUAUGCGAAUCUGUUUAUCCAACCCAAGUCGCGACCCGAACACCACCGCCCAACACGGAUAAACGGUCCGUUGGGCCCUUCUGCCAAGGAUAGAAAGCCCCCGGCCCCGCCAAUGUUCACCACCGUGGGCUCCUCCGGCAAUCCUAUCUCCGUCGCCGACUCCUCACCUCGGACGACAUACACCAACCCCAACUUCUUCUCGUCUCAGUAUGUAGACCCGAAGAAGGCGAGUGCCGACCUCAAAGCGCUCAUCGAAGGCUCCUUGGAGGACGAGGAGGAGGACAAGGUCGCCGACGACAGUCAUGAUAGAUCACAAGUUGAGGGACUCAAGGUCAGAUUACUGCCUCACCAAGUAGAAGGCGUAGAGUGGAUGAGGGGCCGCGAGCUGGGCCCAGUCAAGAAAGGCAAAGUCCCCAAGGGUGGCAUUCUUGCCGACGAUAUGGGUCUCGGCAAAACUCUGCAAUCCAUCUCUCUGAUCCUCACCAACUCCAGACCCAAAGACUCGCCGAAAAUGCAAGGGGUUGAGAAAACCACCUUGGUUGUUGCGCCACUGGCUCUCAUCCGCCAAUGGGAAGCAGAACUGAAGGAAAAGGUCGACGACUCUCACAAACUCAAAGUCCUUGUUCACCACGGCCCACAACGUACGAAGCGAUUCGAAGACCUGAAGCGCUAUGAUGUUGUCAUCACAACUUACCAGAUCCUGGUUUCCGAGCAUGGCCAUUCGAACGCUUCGGUGAAGGCUGGUUGCUUCGGUCUGCACUGGUACCGUGUCAUUCUCGACGAAGCCCACACGAUCAAGAACCGCAAUGCCAAGUCGACCAAGGCAUGUUAUGACCUGCGCACCGUCUACCGUUGGUGUCUCAGCGGAACCCCCAUGCAGAACAAUCUGGAGGAGCUGCAGAGUUUGAUCAAAUUCCUCCGCAUCAGUCCGUAUGAUGAUUUGAAGGAGUGGAAAGAGCAUAUUGAACUUCCGAUGAAGAACGGUAAAGGUGACGUUGCAAUUCAACACCUGCACAGUGUCCUACGCUGCUUCAUGAAGCGGCGGACGAAAGACAUACUGAAAAAGCCCGGCGCAUUAGAUGUUGGUGGCAAGAAGUCCGUCGGCAAGGAUGAUGAAGAAAAGAGUGCAACCUCGGACUUCAAAAUUACCGAACGCAAGGUUGUUUCUGUGCAGACUGUAUUCUCGCCGGCCGAGCGACGGUUCUACGAUCGUCUUGAGGCACGGACGGACAGAACGCUCGAGACAAUGAUGAAGACCAAAGGUAAAGUCAGCUACGCUAAUGCUUUGGUCCUGCUGCUGCGGUUGCGACAGGUCUGCAAUCAUCCCAAGCUGGUCGAAGGCAAGCUUGAAAAGGACAAAGAAGCAUUGAGCACAGAGUCGAAGACCAAGAAGGGCGAUGCAGACGUGGAUGCUCUCGCGGACUUGCUUGGUGGUCUGGGUGUCGAGGCCAAGCACUGCGAUAUCUGUGGUUGGGAGUUAGACAGAGACAACCGUGUCCAAGGAAAGGAGAUCUGCAAGUCUUGCUUCGAAGACCUCGAAUAUUUCAACAACCAUGAAAACGAGGGCGCCGAGGUCCCGCAGAAGGUCAAGAAGCCAAAGGCGAAGGUAAAGAAGGUCAUCAAGGAGAAGGUCAAGACAGAGCUUGUCAAGAAGCCUGUGCGUAAACCCAGAAACCGCACGGCAGUUCUCGACAGCGAUGACGAAGAAGACAACUCUAUCGUUAGGCCAGCUCGCAAGCCUGCGAAACGGAAUGCCAUCCUCGACAGUGACGACGAGGAGGCCGAUGGGAGCUGGCUUGUCUCUGGGGACGAGCAAGGUUCUCUGCGUCUUGGCAAGGCUGGUGGCACAGAUGAUGAGAACGCAGAGGGUGAAGGCGAUAGCAUCAACACCCGUGACUCAGACAGUGAUUCUGAAGAUGACGGAAGCAACCUGGACAGCUUCAUUGUCCAUGACGAGGAGGAUGUAAAACCUGAGGGCUUGCAGCGAGCUUCAACAGAUGCCGAGUCAGAUUCCGAGGAUGAAUUUGAGUCUAUAUCUGUCAUCAAAUCACAAGUGGAGGCCGAGAAGGCCAGAGCAGCUCUCAAAUCCGAAGAGGCCGACAAUGACUCGGAUUCCGAAGAAGGUAUCUCGGCCUCUGAGUUUGAGUCGGACUCUGACGCCGACCGAUCUCUUAACCCCUUUUACUCUCAAACACGCAAGAAUAAGGAGAAGACUCCACUUGUCCUAGCCUCCGCCAAGAUUCGGCAACUCAUGACAAUUGUUCACAAGGAGGUUGACGAACACAAGUUCAUCGUCUUCUCCCAAUUCACCUCGAUGCUUGACAUCGUAGAACGCUUCUUCAAGAAGGAUGGCAUCCGGUAUACACGGUAUGAUGGCGGAAUGAAGAACGACGCACGAGAAGCCUCCCUCGACUCCCUUCGCAACGAUCCCCGCUGCAGAGUCCUGCUCUGCUCCCUGCGCUGCGGUGCCCUGGGUCUCAAUUUGACGGCCGCGAGCCGAGUCGUCAUCCUCGAGCCCUUUUGGAACCCCUUCGUCGAGGAGCAAGCCAUCGACCGUGUGCACCGUCUGACGCAAAAGGUCGACGUCGUGGUCUACAAGUUGACCGUCGAGAACACGGUCGAGGAGCGUAUUCUCGAGCUGCAGGAGAAGAAGCGUCUGCUGGCAGAACAGGCCAUCGAGGGCGGCAUGCGCAAGGAGGGAGUCAACAAGCUCGGCGUCAAGGAGAUGAUGGAGCUCUUCAGGCAUGUAGGCGCCAGUGCCAGGAGCGGAUUCGUCGACGACAGGACUGUGGCACAGGAUGUGGGACACUACAUCAGAAGGAAGCCUAGGGAGGAGAACAGCGUAUACGGGAGACGGUGGUAG